UUGGGUAUAUUUAUUCCUACUCAGCAACAGCUGCAACCACUCACUGCCUAAAAAUGGAUAAUAAAGAUUUAUAUGUUGUCGGUGCUGAAUUUAAGGAAUUACAUUAUGACGGGUUUUGGGAUUGGUUUGUUCGAGUGUCUGAUCUAAGUAUUCACUUAAAAAACGAACCCACUUACCUGAUUUCUCAAUUUGCAUACAUAUUUGGUGGUAUAGCGACAUUACUUCAUGCGUUAAUUCGAGGAGGAAGAUUACCUUACCUAUGGUUGGGAAUUUUGAUUCAUGGGAUUGUUAUAGAAUGUUUGUGUUACAUACUCCCAGACGUCGAUAAUUUUUGGCAUUCGCAAACACCGAUAAUAUUUUUAGGAAGAAGACUUCCACUUCACAUCAUGCUCUUAUAUCCCUGUUUCGUUUACAAUUCCUCGAUCGGGGUUGCUAAAGCGCGACUCCCAUCAUGGGCAGAGCCCUUCGCUGUGGGCUUGGGUUCUGUUCUAAUCGACAUUCCGUACGACAUUGUGAGCGUCAAUUUCCUCCAUUGGACUUGGCACGACACUGACCCCAAUAUCGAAGACAGACACUAUUGGGUCCCCUGGAAUUCCUACUAUUUUCACGCCACUUUUGCCGCAAGUUUCACUUUUUGGUUCCACUUUACACGAAAACUGAUUUGCAAAAGUAACGGAAAAUGGAUCGCUGAUAAAAACCCCAAGAAGGAGGUUUUGUGUUCGAUUAUUGCCGGGGUUUUGGGCACACCAGGCGGAAUUCUCAUGUUUAUACCGAUUUAUCACCCUUUACACGACAUUUACAAAAUUCACUCUGAAGUUACUUUUUUCAUACUGUUUGUUGUCUUCCUUCUGAUAAUAUGGUCGGCGGAUCGAACGGCCAGACGAGACAAGAAAAAAAAUACACAACACACCACACAUUGGAGUACUUGGUUACUAAUUUUACAUUUAUUAAUACACUACACCAGUUUUUUGUUAAUCCCAAUAUUGUUUAAUCCUGAGGAUGAAAUUGCAAUUGGUGUCAAAGAACCAAUCGGGGCUUGUGAUGAAUAUGUCCCAAUUCAAACCGCAUUCGGAAUGACUUUGCAAAAACGCAAAUAUUUGUGUGCGAGUGAUUACGACGAGAAAUAUUUCGAUUGGCAUUGUUUACCUGGGGGCAAGCCCCCGUCCGAAGGGGCCUACUGGUACACAGCCUGCGGGGUCCCACUCCCAAACAGAGUCGAAACAAUCGUCAUAAUCAGCCUAAUUUGUUUGUUGGGCGCCACUGUAUACGCAAAUUUACAUUUCAGGUCAAGUGGUGAUCAAGUAUUCGCUGAAAAAACUGUCAAAACAAAAAAAGUAAAAAGACACUAAAUCAAUAAAAAAUCCCCUAAAUUAUCAAAA